AGCUGUCAGGUGGAUCUGGAGAUUCACUGCCCUGUUUGCAAGCAACGGAUCGUCGACGGCUGCUAAUAUAUACCCGUUACGGUAUACAGUAUAGUCGGUGGUAUCCAGCAGAAUUUUUCAGAUGCCUUGAGUCAUUCGCAGUCUUCACGUAUUCUAUGCCCCCAAACGCGCUCUCUCUAUCUAACAUUCAUUAUUAACUUUAAGCGCCAUUCUUUCGUCGACGUCUAAAACCGUCUGUGAGCACUACUGUAGAGACAGGUAUCGCCCAAUCACAUAUUUUCUUUGAGUAGUAGUUAAACAUGAAUCCAAAAGCAGAACCCAUUGGUGACGUUGAACGUUCGAGGACUGCUACCACAGAGGCUGUUGAAGACAUUCAUAUCCCCGAUGGCGGUUACGGAUGGGUCUGCGUAGCUUGCGUAGCUACAGUGAACUCGUUUACAUGGGGGGUUGCAGCCUCAUAUGGAGUCUACCUUGCCUAUUACCUCUCCAACAAUGUCUUCCCUGAAGCCACUGCUUUGGACUACGCCUUUAUUGGCGGCCUCGUAUUCGGAGCUGCCAUGCUGUCCUCGACUCCUGCCACUAUAGCAGUCCGCCUUUGGGGAAUACACCCACCCAUGCUGUUAGGCAUCGCAUUCCAGACUGCUGGUUUCGUCGCGGCAUCCUUCGCGACACGUAUCUGGCAGCUUUACCUUUCACAAGGUCUCCUAUUUGGUUUAGGCAUCGGCUUCAUUUGGAUUCCGUCGAAUCCUAUCAGCAGCCAAUGGUUUGCCAGGAAAAGGAGCCUGGCUAACGGCAUCACAAGUGCGGGCUCUGGCAUAGGCGGUGUUAUAUUCUCAUUUGCUGUUCGAGCUAGCAUCGAGCACGUCUCUCUUGCAUGGGCUUUACGAAUCACUGGUAUUGUCUCAGGAGCUUGUAACUUAGCUGCUUGCAUCUUUCUGCGGAGCCGCAACAAGGCCAUUAAACCAUCCCUUCGAGGCUUCGAUUUCCGUUUAUUCAGAAGUCAAGGUGUGAUAUGCCUCCUAGCAUGGGGCUUCUUUUCCCUGCUUGGUUAUGUUACCAUUUUAUAUUCGCUCUCGGACUUUGCGCGUUCAAUUGGACUCUCGGCUUCGCAAGCGGCAACCACAACAGCCGCUCUCAACGGAGGAACUCUCAUCGGCAGACCUUUGAUUGGGAUCAUGAGUGAUAGGUAUGGCCGGAUAAAGGUUGCAGGUUAUAUCACUACGGCUAAUGCCGUAUUCGUCUUCGCACUCUGGAUCCCAGCACAGAAUUGGCCACUGUUACUCGUCUUUGCUGUCUUGUCAGGAGCAACGAUUGGAUUGUUCUGGGGAACUAUCAGUCCCUUAUGUGCCGAAGUAGUGGGACUGAAACACCUUCCGUCACUUUUAUCGCUGUGUUGGGCCAUCAUCACGCUGCCGACUACUUUCUCCGAAGUCAUAGCCUUGAAAAUUAGAAGACCAGACAGCGAUCGCGAGUAUCUUUAUCCGCAGAUCUACGCAGGGCUUGCGUACCUAGUGGCAAGCAUAAUGAUGUUCAGGUUAUGGCAGAUCCGAGAUCAAUUCCCUAUCAAGCAUUGAUCUCAACGUAACGAUGUAUCUGUACACAUUAUAUCCUUAGACAAGGUUCAUAUGGGCUUGCUCAGCUACUACCGGCAUUCAAUCUAUAA